CUGAAACUGACGUAAGCGCCUCGAUCCGCCAAGGUCCAGACUAAGCUCCUGCGGUCUUGCCUCCCUCCUCCUCCCUGCCCCCAUCCUUUUUUUCCCCACCCCACCCCCAGUAGUCGCCAGUUAGGGGAGGGGCGAGGCUUAUUCUCUCUAGACGAGCCCGCGAUAAGAGCGAGUGAUUCUCCCUUCAAUUCGCUCGGUCCCUCAGCCUCCGUUGAUUUAAGGGAAAGGACCGAAGGUCGCUGCUCUCCCCGGGUUGCGCAUCACCUCCGGACUGCUGAUUCAUUAAAACAUUCUACAGUGGAACUUGACAUUUUCUACAAAGACUGAAAAUGCCAACAGUUGAGAGUGAAGCAAAGGCAAAAACCAAAGUCCGUUUUGAAGAACUCUUUAGGAGUCAUGCUGAUCUAAUAGCUGAUAAAAAGAAACAUAAGAAGAAGGCUAUUAAUUCUGAAGAAAACAUCUUGCUUGACACCUGGAAGAGUAAUCAUGAUCUUGCUAAAGAAACAAAAAGUGAGGAGACAAUCAUCAACAGCACUUAUAAUUCAGAGAAGAGCCCAAGAUCUACUAAAAUCAAACAAAAGGACAGAGGGUCAAUAGAUGAAAAAAUAAGCAAUGAUUAUUUUGCUAUAGAUGAAAACCAGCAAUUAAAGCCAAAUAAGAAGAAAAAGAAAUCAGUGUUACAAGAACAGUCUAAUAAAGAAGAAAAUGCAGAGGAAGUGGAACCAGGAAGUAUUGAAAGAAAGAUUAAUCAUUCUCUCAGAAAAACAAAAAACAAAUCACAGUCAGGUGUAUCUCGUCAAAGGAAUGAAAAGAUAAAAAAUGACUUAAAUGAAGCGAGAGAAACCACUGAAUUAGAUGAUGAAGAACAGCUAAUACAAGCUUAUGAACUGCAAGUAGCUGAAGAAGCAGCCAAUGCAAUUAAAAAGAAAAUAAGAAUGAAACUUAAAGAACAGAUGUCUCAUUUACUUUCUGAGAAUCAAAACCAUGAAGAAAUUCUGAACAAUGAAGUAGGAAAAAAUAAAAAAAAGAAAAAAGUUCCUGUCAUGCUUGAAACAGAAAUAAGUGUGGCAUCCCUCUCUGAGCAGCAGCAUAAUGUAGACGAAGAAAAGAUCAAAAAGAAGAACACAUCAGAUGAGGUGCUAUCUUCAGAUUUUAACCAGAAGAAUGAAAUAAAAGCAGAUCAAACUGUUGAAGAAAAUGUGGAACAGCCAAAAGCGAAAACCAGAAAGACAAAAAAGAAACCUAGAGCAGUUUCAGAAGACAAUGAGGAAAUUGAUAUUGAUAAUGUCCAAGAAGGAAUGAGCCUGGAAGUUUCAAGUCAGCCUAACAGUGGGUUUGAUGAUGCCCUUGUUUUGGGAGUUUAUGUCCAUCGAGCUGAUCGACUUAGAACAGAUUUUCUGAUUUCUCACCCAAUGGUAAAAAUCCAUGUGAUUGAUCAGAAUACUGGUCUAUACGUCAAGAAAGAGCACAGCAACCGGGCUGUUUCAUCUUUUUAUGAACAAGAGAGAGUAGAGAAUGUGCUUCCUAUUAUGACCCAACCUUAUGAUUUCAAACAUUUUAAAUCAAGACUUCCAGAGUGGGAGGAGCAAAUUGUAUUUAAUGAACGAUUUAGUUAUUUCCUCCAAGAAUCUGAAGAAAGCCCUAAAGUAAUUCUGUUUUUUGAGAUUCUUGAUUUCUUAAGCAUGGAUGAAGCCAAGGCCAACUCUGAGGUUCAAGUCCAGGAAAGGGGUUUUCGCAAAAUUGCAUGGGCAUUUCUCAAGCUUGUAGGAGCCAAUGGAAUUUUGAAUAUCAAUGGGAAACUCCGUCUUCAACUAUACUGCCCUCCUCCUAGGAUUAGAUCACAGUUAAAUAUGGUUGAAGUUUUUGAAUGGUGGUCAAAAUGUCCAAGAAUUCGUUAUCCAUCAACAUUGUAUGUAACCAUAAAAGGUCUGAAACUCCCAGAUCAUGUAGAUCCUUCUUUUCGUUCUAUGAUGGCACUUCAGCAGGAACAAGGUAGUACAUCAUAUUGUGAACUUCAGAAGGAGACAAGUAAAAGAAGUAAUGAACCAGUUCCAGAAGACCAAAAGGAAUUAAUAAAGUGGUCGAGGUUGCCUGGGCAGGUUUGCCGCAUCCCAAACAAGCACCUGUUUUCACUGCAUUCAGGAGAACGAGGAUGUUUCCGGGUUAAUUUCUCCCAGAAUGGAAGAAUGUUAGCAGCAGCAUGUGCAGGCCAUGAUGGCUAUCCUGUUAUUUUAUAUGAAAUCCCUUCAGGACAGUACUUGAAAGAAUUGUGUGGACACCUUAAUAUUGUUUAUGAUCUUUGCUGGGCGAAAGAUGAUCAACAUCUACUUACUGCGUCCUCUGACAGCACUGUCAGAAUGUGGAAAAUUGAAAACCAAGGGACAGCUGCUGUUAAAGUUUUCCCUCAUCCUUCAUUUGUCUAUACGGCCAAAUUCCACCCAGUUGCAGACUAUCUGGUAGUUACGGGAUGUUAUGAUUCUGUGAUAAGAGUGUGGAAUGUUAAAGUGAAAGAAGUUCAUGGUCAAUUGUUACAAGAAUUUGAUGGCCACCAAAGUUUUAUCAACUCUCUCUGUUUUGACACUGAAGGACUUCAUAUGUUCUCAGGAGACAGCUCAGGAUUGAUUAUCGUUUGGAAUACCUGGGUCAAAGAAAAUGAUGACCAUCCAGUUAGACUUUGGAACAUUAAUAAGGAAAUUAGAGAAAAUGAUAUUAAAGGGAUUCCAAUAAGCCAUUUACAGGUUCAUCCAAAUGGAAGGCGUUUGUUAAUCCAUGCCAAAGAUAGUACUCUGAGAAUUAUGGAUCUCCGAAUAUUAGCAACAAGGAAGUAUGUAGGUGCUGCAAACUACCGGGAAAAGAUUCAUAGUACCCUAACACCAUGUGGGACCUUUCUUUUUUCUGGAAGUGAAGAUGGUAUAGCAUAUGUUUGGAACCCAGAAACAGGAGACCAAGUUGCAAUGUAUUCUGACCUUUCAUUCACAUCCCCUCUUCGAGAUACUGCUUUUCAUCCCCAUGAACACAUGGUGGCAUUUUGUGCAUUUGGUCAAAAUGAGCCAAUACUAGUAUAUAUUUAUGAUUACAAAGUUGCACAGCAAGAGGCUGAAAUGGUCAAAGAUUUCAAUGGAUCCCUCGCAUCUACCGGAGUCCACAGAAAUCCACUUAUUUUUAGCACCAACUCCUUAAUGCAAGAGACCAGCACAUCUGGUCCCGACCAGUUCAUUAAUGCUGCGCGAGUGUCCAUGAGGAUGCAGAAAGUGAGACAGAAACUCGACUCGGUCACGGCCAGCUCAAAUCUCAUGCUUCCUGCUCCAUCAUUGUUCUCACCACACUCCAAGUUCAGACUGUCAAACACGAUGGGCACUCAUUUGAUUCCUCAGCAUCCUUUUACUACUCAGUGUGGAGGUUUCAGCCCAGUAGGAAAAUCUUCUACACGAAUACAAUCAAGCACACUACAAAUGGGUUCCUUGCUGCUUCAACCGGUCUGUCUCGUCUGCCUAAAAACCAAAAGUUAAAUUGAAACUACAGUUGAAUUACCUAGGAAACUGAUUGCUUUGGGAAGCUUGGUAAAAUGGAAACUAGGGAUGGCCAUGACAGAAACAGGUACUGCGGUAUCUAGCCAGCCCUGGACCAGACAGAAUAGACUACAUUUCACACCCCAUCCAGCUUAUCAGCUCUGGUCCUAUUCUUGAAAUCUGCCCUACCACACUCUCCCCUCAGCCUUUGACUUGAAACAGUAAUCAAAUCAAUACUACCUUUGCUUCUGGUAAAGUCAUGUCAGUCUUCUCUGUAUCCCUGUGACUUCCAGAAGUAAAACACCUUUCCCUUAUGUUUUCUUCCAUCAAAAUGUAUUCUUUUUGAGAAUAAGGACAAUCUCCCAUUUGUAUUUUCUGUGCUUGGUACAUAGUGAGUACUUAAUAAAUGUUGUGCAUUUAUUUAUAGUAUUACACAAUUAUUUACUUGAACAUACAAGACAACUUUUUAUUCCUGUGAUCCUGCUAUUUGACUCUCCUUGCCUCUUUUCUGCUUUUCCCAACAUAAUAGAUGGAAUCUUGUUGAAAAUAGCUAGGAGAGCAAACACUAAUCCAGUAUAUUCUUGUUACAAACAGGUAAUUAGGUCAAAGAUUGGUGACUCAAGAUAAAGUGAGACAGUUUUAGACCAUGGAAAAAAAUGAAACUAGAUGUUAUGUGUUUUUCUUGAAACCAUCAUAAGAUUUUCCUGUUGCCUUUGCACUCUCUCAUAGUUUCUAAUGCAAAUUUAGAAUCAGCCUGUUUGAAAAUAUUUUUGAAUGGGAGCUUACCUAAACAAACUUGGACAUUUCAGUUCACAUUCAGAAAUGGCCUAUUUUUUGUGGUUAGCAUCAUCAUUUUCUUUAAGUUGUUUCUAAUUUUUUUUGAAAAUUUUAUUUAAUUAGUCAAUUUAGAAUAUUAUUCCUUGAUUACAAGAAUCAUACUCUUUCCCUCCUUCCCCUCCUCCCGAGGUAGACGCACAAUUCCACUGGGGUUUACAUGUGUCCUUGAUCAGAACCUAUUUCCAUGUUGUUGAUGUUCACACUAGGACGUUCAUUUAGAGUCUACAUACCCAAUCAUAUCCCCUCGACCCAUGAAUUCAAGCAGUUGUUUUUCUUCUAUGUUUCUACUCCCACAGAUCUUCCUCUGCAUGUGGAUAGUGUUCUUUCUCAUAAGUCCUUCAGAAUUGUCCUGGAUCACUGCAUUGCCACUAAUGGAGAAGUCCAUUACAUUCGAUUAUAUCACAGUGUAUCAGUCUCUGUAUAUAAGGUUCUCCUGGUUCUGCUCCUUUCAUUCUGCAUCAGUUUCUGGAAGUCAUUCCAGUUCACUCAUCACUACCGUCAUCUUUCCUGUCCAGAUUUAAUUAAUGAAUAUUUAGAUACAUUACACCAUAAUGGACAGUGAAAUGUCAUGGAGUUUGAAGAAGUUCUAAGUAGAAUGCAAUACUCUUGGAAAGUCUACUUAUUUUUUUGUCAUAUAUAUUUAUCUGAAAUUUGUUAUUAUUAUUGGUUAGUCCAUUCUUCAUGUCAAAUUAUGACCCCCCCCCCUUAGGUUUCUUUGGUAAAGAUACUAUAGUUGUUUGAUAUUCCCUUCUCCAGCUCAUUUUACAGAUGAGGAAACUGAGUCAAACAGGGUUAAGUAUCUUUCCCAGGGCCACACAGCUAAUAAGUGCCCAAGGUCCCAUUUGAACUCAGGUCCUCCGGUUCAUCACUCCAUCUACUGUACCUCUUAGCUGCCCCUAUAUCUGAAAUACAGGGUGGUAAAAUGGAAAAAAGAAAUACUAGUAUUAAUGUUAAAAAAUGAAUUCAAGUUCCAGGUUCUGUAUUUAAUUUGUGAAACCCUGAACAGCUUAUUUAACCAUUCUCUGCCUGUUUUCUUAUUUGUAAAGUGGGGAAUAAAGAGAAUAGUUUUCUUAUCAUUAUCUACUUCACUGAAUUGUCACAAGGAAAGCUGUUUGUAAGUCAUUAAUCUCUGUGUAAAUGUACAUUUUCCCCUACAGUGGCCUAGUAUAAACACUGGAGGCCAUAAGUUCCUACUGUCAUUUGUCAUCAUCAGAAAACCUGGAUCAAAUGGCUCCUGAUUACUUCAGGCAUCAACUAUUGCCUGCCUAACUAACUAAAUGGUUCUUCUCCUUCUGCUACCAUGUCUGAAACUGCCACCAUUAAAAUUAUCCCUUAGCAGUUUUUAGAGAUGAAUAAAUGAACCAUUAACAUAUUAUACUAUCAACCAACAACAACUUACUAAGCACUGACUGUGUUCCAGGUGCUGCAGAUACAAAGGAAGCUUUAAGCCUACAAUGUACAUAAAUGAGUAUAAAUGAGGGAAAUUUAUGUGAAGAAAGUACCUGGGCAGCCAUGGUUCAGGGAAGGCUUUGUGUAAAAGAUGAUGUUUGAGAUGAGAUUUGAAGGAAACAAGGGAUUCUAAAAGGUAGACAUCAGGCCCAAGUACAUUCCAGUCUGUCUUCAGUACAAUGGCAAAGCAAAGAGAUGGAGUGGCGAACACAAGCAACAGCUACUUCCAACAAGACUAGUUUGUUUGACUGGACCUUAGAAUUUGGGUAGGAGAGUAAUGUUCAGGUGGGAGGAUAAGGUAGGUGCAGGCUAGGCUAUACUAAAUUUUAAAAGCCAUAUAGAGGGAGACUUCUGGGUAAACAUGGCUGCAGCUUAGACUCAGGAAUCUGCCUCUCCUCAACGCCUAAUGAUAUAGACUACCUCAAAAGGCCAAAAUAACCAAAUUCAUAUGAACGAAGGGGCUCCACAGUAGGUGAAGCAUUGAAGGUAUGUGGGAUUUGGGCAUUUUCACACUAUAAGGGGGUGAAAUAGCUUCCAUCUUAAAAUGCCAGCUGAUCUACCUUCUCCCACUCCACCUACGGAGCCAGUGUGCUAGACUCAGAGGCAGCUCGCUAAAAUCAGUGAAUGAGUGAGGGGCACUUCUAGGUUCUUGGCAGCUGACUAAGACCACCAAAAACCUACCCCUGAGAGCAGCUAGACUUGAGACCCCAACAAACUGAGGAGCGUAGACCUUGAGCUCAGAGAUAGCACAGAGAAGGGCCACAAACAGUAGAAGCUCCAGAGACUCAAGAGGUGGCCUCAGGCAAAAGGCUCACUCCUUAGCUCCAUACACAGAGAGCCUGCCCUCUUUACUCAGACUUCUGACUGGAAAGGGAAAGAAAAUCCACCAUAGUGAUAGCAAAAAACUCCCAGGACAAACAACUUCCCAACACCAAGAAAAACAAAAAGGCACUGACCUUGGAUAAUCUUUGUGGAGAAAAAAUCCAGACUACAGAGGAAAUAGCAGAAGAGGACAUAACAAACAAAUACAUCCAAACCCUCUUAAAAAAAGUGGAAAUUGACCACAAGCUUUUGAAGAAUUUAAAUUGGAACUUAUCAAAAAAGAUGGAAAAAUAUUGGCAAGAAAAGUGGGAAAUAGUUCACCAGGCAGGUCAGAAACAGAGAAAGAAAACUAUAGACCAAUCUCCUUAAUGAACAUUGAUGCAAAAAAUUUAAAUAGAAUACUAGCAAAAAGAUUUCAGCAAGUGAUUAUGAGAGUCAUUCAUUAUGAUCAGGUGAGAUUUAUACCAGGAAUGCAAGGACAGUUUAAUAUUAGGAAAACCAUAUACAUAAGUGACCAUAUCAACAAGAAAACCAACAAAAAUCAUAUGAUUAUCUCAAUAGAUACAGAAAGAGCUUUUGACAAAAUAUAUAUCCUAUUGAAAACACUAGAAAGCAUAGGAAUAGAAGGAACUUUCCUAAGAAUAAUAAACAGCAUAUUUCUAAAACCAUCAGCAAGCAUCUGCAAUGGGGAUAAAUUAGAAGCCUUCCGAAUAAGAUCAAGAAUGAAACAAGGAUGCCCAUUAUCACCUCUAUUAUUUAACAUUGUACUAGAAACAAUAGCAGUAGCAAUUAGAGAAGAAAAAGAAAUUGGAGGUAUUAAGAUAGGUAAUGAGACCAAGCUAUCACUCUUUGCAGAUGAUAUGAUGGUCUACUUAAAGAAUCCUAGAGAAUCCACCAAAAAGCUAAUGGAAAUAAUCAACAAAUUUAGCAAAGUUACAGAUUAGAUUUAGAAAGAGAAAUACCAUUUAAAACCACCCUAGACAAUAUAAAAAUACUUAGGAAUCUAUCUGCUGAGACAAACACAGGAACUAUUUGAAAACUACAAAACACUAUCCACACAAUUAAAACUAGAUCUAAAUAAUUGGGAAAACAUUAAUUGCUCAUGGGUAGGAUGAUCUAACCUAAUAAAAAUGACAGUCCUACUCAAACUAAUUUACUUAUUUGGUGCAAUAGCCAUUUAACUACCAAGAAACUUUUUUAUAAAGUUAGAAAAAACUAUAACAAAGUUCAUUUGGAAGAACAAAAAUAUCAAGAAUCAAUAAUAUCAAGGGAAAUAUUGAAAGAAAAUGUGAAGGUGGCCUAGCAAUACCAGAUUUCUAACUGUACUAUAAAGUAGUGGUCAACAAAACAAUAUGGUACUGCCUAAGAGACAGAAGGGCAGAUCAGUGUAAUAGACUUGGGGUAAGUGGCCCAGCAAGACAAUCUAUGAUAAACCCAAAGAUCCCAGCUUUGGGGGCAAAAAUCCACUAUUUGGCAAAAAUUGCUGGGAAAAUUGGAAAACAGUAUGGGAGAGAUUAGGUUUAGAUCAAUGUCUCACACCCUACACCAAGAUAAACUCAGAAUGGGUAAAUGACUUGAACAUAAAGAAGAAAACUAUAAGUAAAUUAAGUGAACACAGAAUAGUAUACUUGUCAGAUAUUUGGGAAAGGAAAGAUUUUAAGACCAAGCAAGAGUUAGAAAAUAUUACAAAAUGUAAAAUAAAUAAUUUUAAUUACAUUAAAUUAAAAAGGUUUUGUACAAACAAAACCAAUGCAACUAAAAUUAGAAGGGAAGCAACAAAUUGGAGGAAAAAUCUUCAUAAUAAAAAAUCUGACAAAGGUCUAAUUACUCAAAUUUAUAAGUAGUAUCAAGUGUACAAAAAAUCAAGCCAUGCUCCAAUUGAUAAAUGGGCAAGGAACAAGAAUAGGCAAUUUUUAGAUAAAUCAAAACUAUCAAUAAACACAUGAAAAAAUGUUCUAAAUCUCUUCUAAUCAGAGAAAUGCAAAUCAAAACAACUCUGAGGUACCACCUCACACCUAGCAGAUUGGCUAACAUGACAGCAAAGGAAAGAAAUAAAUGUUGGAGGGGAUGUGGCAAAAUUGGGACAUUAAUGCAUUGCUGGUGGAGUUGUGUGGAAGGCAUUCUGAAAGGCAAUUUGGAACUAUGCCCAAAGGGCGCUAAAAGACUACCUGCCCAUUGAUCCAGCCAUAGCACUGAUGGGUUUGUACCCCAAAGAGAUAAUAAGGAAAAGGAAAAAGACUUAUUCAAGAAUUUCAUAGCCUCACUCUUUGUGGUGGCAAAAAAAAAAAUUUGGAAAAUGAGGGGAUGCCCUCUGAUUGGGGAAUGGCUAAACGAAUGGUGGUAUCUGUUGUUGAUGGGAUACUAUUGUGCUAAAAGAAACAAUGAACUGGAGGAAUUCCAUGUGAACUGGAAUGACUUCCAGGAAGUGAUGCAGAGUGAAAGGAGCAGAACCAGGAGAACAUUGUACACAGAGACUGAUACAUUGCGGUACAGUUGAACGUAAUGGGCUUCUCUAUGAGUAUCAAUGCAAUGAUCCAAGACAAUUCUGAGGGACCCGUGAAAAAGAACACUAUCCACAUUCAGAGGAAGAUCUGUGGGAGUAGAAACACAAAAGAAAAACAACUGCUUGGUGGCAUGGGUCAAUGAGGAUAUGAUUGGGGUUAUAAAUCCUAAAUGAUCACCCUGGUGCAAAUAGGUCUUGACCAAUGACACAUGUAAAACCCAGUGGAAUUGUGUGUCGGCUAUGGGAGGGAGCUGGAGAGAGGGGAGGAAAAGAACAUGAUUUUUAUAAUCCUGGAAAAAUACUCUAAAUCAAUUAAAUAAUUUUUUAAAAGCCAUACAGAAAAGUUUAUAUUUUACCUGGAGGCAAUAGGGAGCUCCAAGAGUUUAAUGAAUACUGGAAUGUGAUUAUCAGACCUGCCCUUUAGGAAAGAACUUUGGUGGCUGCUAUAUGAAGAGUGUAACUCUUCAUAUAGCAGAUGAACUUACAGCAGGCAUUUUAAACCCUACCAAAUGAACUGCAACAUCUGGUUAUAGGUUACAUAUAGGUUAUCCGUUAUUCCUGUCCAUGUGAGCUAAUGAAAUUUUUUACUAUUAAUCAAAUUGCUAGCCUUUUAUUUCGUUAACUGAGUGUGAACUUUUUUUUAAAAAAUGAGAUACUGUACUUAAGUCUGGGAGACCAAUUAAAUUGGCUCUUUUAAUAGUCCAAGAGAGAGAUGAUAAGUUGGUGAUCACAUGAGAAAAGAAAAGGGAAUAGAUGCAAAAAGAUGUUUUUGGGGUAAAAAUGACAAGACUUGGCAAUAGAUUAACUCUGUGGAGUGAGGUAGAAUGAGGAAUCAAGAAUAAAGCUGAAGAGGCAGCUAAGUGACUCAGUGGAUUGAGAGCCAGGCCUAGAGAUGGGAGGUCCUAGGUUCAAAUCUGGCCUCAGACACUUCCUAGCUGUGUGACCCUGGGCAAGUCACUUGACCCCCAUUGCCUAGCCCUUAUCAUUCUUCUGCCUUAGAACCAAUACACAGUAUUGAUUCUAAGAUGGAAGGUAAGGGUCUAAAAAAAGAAUAAAGCUGAGGUUGCAAAUCCAAAUAACUGGAAGGAUGAUUAUACAUACCUCAUCAGAAAUAGAGAAGAUCAAAAGAGAGGUGGGCAUGGUUGUGGAGGGUAAAAUAAUGAGUUCUGUUUUGGACAUGUUGAUUUUAAAAUGUCUACAGUACAAUCAAAAAAUCCAAAAAGCAGUUGGAAAUAAGUGACUAGCAUUUAAGAGAAAGACUAGGAUUGUACAGAGUUGUGUGCAUAGAGAUUAUAAAACCCAUAGGAUAAUGCAUUAGCUAAACUAAAACACUAACACAAAAAGCAUUUAAUAAGCUCCUCCUCUGCAAAAAUUCUCUUAGAGGUCACAGAAAAUACAGUUUAGAGACGCUUUCAGUUUGCUGUGAGGUAGGGGGAUAAUACUCGAACACAGGUAUGAUAGUACACAAUACUAAAUGUGUUCUAGAAUUGUCUGAGUACUUUGAGGAAAAAGGUCAUUACUUAUCAAGAGGGCUAGGAGCAGUGAUAGGAUUAUGAUAUAGUGAAAAGAACAUUCACUAGAGCCAAAGGAAUGAAUUAAAAUCCUUCCUUUGAUAUUUAUUACCUAUAGGAACAUAGUCUACCCACUUGCACAGGUGGAUAAGGAGGAAAGGUGAUGGAUGGCAUAGAGUUAAGAAUAACUAGGGUUAUAAACCUAGAUGACUAGGAGAAUCAAAGUGGUGUCAAUAGAAAUAAGGAAGUUUGAAAGAAGGGUGGGUUUAGUAGGGAAGAUAAUAGAUUCUAUUUUGAACAGGUUGGUUUUGAGAUAUCAACAGUACAUGUAGUAGGAAAAAUCUUACAGGAAGUUGAUGAUAUAUCACUAGAAUUCAAGAGAGAAAUUGGAACUUAGUAUAUAGAUGUUAGGAGUCAUCUUCAUAGAAAUGAUACUCCAAUCAAUCAACAGACUUUUAUUGCUUACCAUAUGCCAGUAACCACACUUUAAUCCAUAGGAAGUGAUGAGAUCCACAACAAACCAGAUGUGAGAAGAAAAGUAUUCAGAAAUGAGUCCUAAGGAAAAUCCACACUAGUGGGCAAGAGAUAUGUGAUUCCACCAGCAAAAUUCAGUUAAUAAGAUAGAAAGAAGAAUCUGAAGUCAAGGGAAAAGAGAACUUUUAAGGAAAUGGUAGACAACAAUAUAAAAAAACCACAGAAGUCAAGAAGGAUGAAGAAGGAAAAAAGGUCAUUCCGUUUGGAAAUUAAGCUAUCAUUGAUAAUGAAUACUUUCAAUUAAGAAGUAGGGUUUCAAGUCAGAUUGUAAGGGAAUAAGAAGUGACUGAGUAGUCAGGAAGUAUAGGCAGCCAGUAAAGAUGGUUGUUCAAACAAUCAGCCUGCAGAAGGUGUAAAAGCCUAGUGUAAGGUUACAAAUUAAUAUCCAAAUACUCCAAGUAUUAUAAUUUUUAUAAGAAUUUGUUGAUAACAAUUUGAAGAAAAAGGAAAAUGAUAGCCUCAGCAAAGAGAGAGUUGCGGGACCUCCAAAAUCAGGAAGCAAAAGCCAGAAGGAGAGCUCAGGAAGAAGAGAGCAAGCAGGCAGGGUUACAGCAAUUAUUUAUAAAACAUGAGGGCUCAAUAUAGGGAACAUAAUUCAAGGAAUUCUGGUAAAUUCUGGGGAAUGUAGUCCUGGAGCACAAUACUCCAUUUAUACACCCCCUCCCCGGGAUCCUUUUGGAGACUAGUCACCCCAAUGGAUCAUAGAAACAUUACAAACUUAUAACUUUAAUUAGAGGUACAUGCAAUAUUGCAGUUUUUAAAGGGAAAUUACAAUAAUUUGCAGAAGGGAAAGGAAAGAAAAGAGAAAAGGAACCAAAUCAAUGAUUGCUACAUUGACAAAAACCAAUUUGAGGGCAGUCCCCUUUGGCAUAAGAGUAUACAUUCAAAACAAAAGCAUUUAAUCCCCCACAAAAUCACCUCAUCCCAAUGUUCACUCUGGAUUUUCUGGUGCAAUAUGUGGUUUCUGAAGACAUCUUCAUGGCUCCUUCUCCAAAUGGUUCACUUUUUGGAUUCUGGGAGGUAGCAAGUUUCUUAUACUAAAAUUACUCCCAAAAGAAUUUAAACUUUGCAUUAUAGAAUGAUAAUACAUUCCCCACUGAGGAGGAUAUUGACAAACCCAGGGAUCACUCAGGGAUGCAUGGCUGAGUUAUGAGGUAUAUGAAUCAAUUGGCAAAAGAAAAUCAAAAAUAUAAAAAAAUCCAAAUAAGAGAGAAAAA